AGGGCACUAGACCAACCAACCGCGCACUGGGAAGACAAGCGUUGGUGCCAGAGCCUUCUGUGGGCUCCAGGCUGCUUUUUCAGAGACAGGCCCAUGGACACAGUCCGGGUUGCCGUUGUGGGGGCAGGUGUGACAGGGCUCUCCACUGCUCUGUGCAUUUCCAAAUCGAUCCCGCGAUGCUCCAUCACAGUCAUUUCCGACAAGUUUACUCCGGAUACCACGAGUGAUGUGGCAGCUGGAAUUCUUAUUCCUCAUGCUUAUGAAGACACACCCAUCCAAGAGCAGAAGCAGUGGUUCAGGGAGACGUUUAACCGUCUAUUUGCAAUUGCCAGUUCUGCAGAAGCCAGAGAGGCUGGUGUUCAUCUGGUGUCUGGUUGGCAGAUAUUUCGGAGUGUUCCUACUGUGGAAGUGCCAUUCUGGGCCGACGUGGUUCUGGGAUUUCGAAAGAUGACCAAGGCUGAGCUGAAGAAAUUCCCUCAACAUGUGUUUGGUCAGGCUUUUACAACACUGAAAUGUGAAAGUUCUGUUUAUCUCGCAUGGUUGGAGAAAAGGGUAAAAGAAAGUGGAGGCCUGAUACUCACCCGGCGAAUAGAAGACCUGUGGGAACUGCACCCAUUCUUCGACAUCGUGGUCAACUGUUCAGGCCUUGGGAGCAGACAGCUUGCAGGAGACUUGGAGAUUUUCCCUGUCAGGGGCCAACUGCUCAAAGUUCAGGCUCCCUGGGUGAAGCAUUUUAUCCGAGAUGGGAGUGGACUGACCUAUAUUUACCCUGGUAUAUCCAGUGUAACCCUGGGUGGAACUAGGCAAAAGGGAGACUGGAAUCUGUCUCCAGAUGCAGAAAUUAGCAGAGAUAUUCUUUCCCGAUGCUGUGCUCUAGAGCCCUCUCUCCGGGGAGCCUGUGACAUAAGAGAGAGGGUGGGCUUGAGGCCCUUCAGGGCGGGUGUUCGGCUGCAGAAAGAGCUCCUAGUCCAGGAUGGCCGUAGACUGCCUGUGGUCCACCAUUAUGGCCACGGGAGCGGGGGCUUCUCUGUGCACUGGGGCACUGCUCUGGAGGCCUCCAGACUGUUAAGCGAGUGUGUCCAAGCCCUGAGGACCCCUACUUCCAAGUCAAAGCUAUAAGUGACAUGAAAUGACAGCAAGGGGCCCUGAAGACUACUGAUCAAAUACAAUUUAUUUUCAAAAUCAGAAAUGAUACAAUAGGUAUCAUUAUAUUUAGGACUAGUACUAAUCUAAUCUAGUGCUGUUCUGGUAUUAGACUUAAGUCUAGUGCUAAUGACAUGGGGCAUAAAGCUCUAUUUUUGUUAAAAACAAAGAUUUCUUUUAGAUCCGGUGUUCAAGGAUCUAUGCUAAUUUACAUGGAUGAUGGAAGCUGUAGGGACUUUGACAUUUUUGGUUCAUAAAUCCAUAGGAGGAGAUAACGUAUGGAUAUCACUGAACUCACUGUCAGUUGCAGAGCUGCCCACAAUGCUCAAAAAUUGUAGCCAAGCGAGCCUUAUAAUCCCUCUAAAUAAAUUGCAUGGUGAUCACACAGCGCAGGUUUAUUACAUUUAAUAUAGAAGACAAAGCAUGACUCCUGCUGGAAGAAUUCCUGGUAGAAGACAGGGAUGAAGUUGCCUAUGGAUGUGGCAUCAACUCAAUAGCUGUCUGGGGUCCAUCGCCUAAGGGUUGUACUUUUCAUUACCACAGAUGAUUGAGAGCGGGUGGUUAUAUAGCUGACUUUGCCUAAGCAUUUUGGAAGAUUGGAUAGCAUGUGCAGCCAAAGAGCUAAUUUGCUAAUUAAGAUGGAACAAUCCUUUUGAAUGAAGUAUAACCAGAGUUUCCUGCAAGUUGUUAAAAAGCACUGGGGAGGAGGGGAUUGUGUCUCAUGAUAAAAUGAGCCUGGGAAUUGCUGAAUUAACUAAAUUUAACCUGGCUUCUUGGGCCUACUCAGAGCCUUCAACCCAUUCACGGGUAUUGUGAAUCCUCAGGUGGGCUUUGUCUUGAGUGAGAGAAUGGUAAAGGAGGUGGUAUUCGUUGAGAUAAGGAAGCGUGAGAGAACUAGGUGCAAUUUUAAUUUGCGGCGGGGAGGGGAAGAUGGCGUAUGUUGAGUGAUAAGUUCUUUUGGAUAUCCUGAGGGCGAUGUGAGGUUGGCAAUGAGAAUGUGGGAAAGAGAAAGCCCCCAGCACGACUUUGUUUUUAUCGUUUCGUUCAGUGAGCUUUUGCAUAUGAUUUUGUUUGAAGAGAAAAUUCUGCUGGGAGAGAAAAAGAAGGGGAGAGAGAAAGGCAGGGAGGAGGCACUCAAACGAGGGGUCUUCCCUAUAGAUUUCCAGCAGGGGGUGGUAUUGUAUCAAAUUCAGAUAAAUUGGUAAAUUUGAAAAAUUAGAACUGACUAGAAAUAAAAAAUGGAUACCAGGUG